AAUAGAAGGAGGAGGCGGCCGGUCUCGGCUCGCCUCCCCCUUUCCUCUCGCCGGGUUUCCUUGCAGCAAUUCCAUGCUAGAGGUCUCCACCGAGCUGCGGAGAGCGGGAUCUGCCUGCGCCGGGCCCUCUUCCUUCCUUUGUGCAUCCCGCAGCCCUGUGCCAGCCGUGCCCCCGCCGCCGCCGGGAGCCUCCCCGGCCCCGGAGCCCGAGGGAGCGGCCCCCGCGGGCGGGCAGAGCCGGGGCAGCGCCGAGGGCACGGCUGCCACCGCCUGUCACCGCCUCGUCCCCUCCCUGCCUGCCGGGGCACCGAGGCCGCAUCCCUCCUGCAUCCCCGCAUCCCUCCCGCAUCCCCCCCGCGCGGGGACCCCCGGCGGAUGCUGCGCGGCUCCCGGGCCGCUGGUGCUAAAUGCUGAGCGCCGACAGGAUGGAGGAGUUCCAGAGCGAGGAAGAGGAGCCUUGGUACGACCAGCAGGACCUGGAGCAGGACUUGCAUUUGGCUGCGGAGCUGGGGAAGACGCUGCUGGAGCGCAACAAGGAGCUGGAGGACUCGCUGCAGCAGAUGUACGCCACCAACGAGGAGCAAGUGCAGGAAAUCGAGUACCUGACCAAGCAGCUGGAGAUGCUGCGGCAGAUGAACGAGCAGCACGCCAAAGUCUACGAGCAGCUGGACCUGACGGCGCGCGACCUGGAGCUGGCGAACCAGAAGCUCGUGCUGGAAAGCAAGACCUCCCAACAGAAGAUCCAGUGCUUGACAGAAACAAUCGAGGGGCUGCAGAACCAGGUGGAGGAGCUGCAGAAGCAGGUGGAGGAAAUGCGGAGCUUGGAGCAGCUCCGCAUUCGUCGGGAGAAGAGGGAGCGGCGCCGAACCAUCCACACUUUCCCCUGCCUUAAGGAGCUGUGCUCCAGCCCCAGGUAUGAGGAUGCAUUCCAGGUCCACAGCUCUUCCACAGAGUUCAACCAAAAGCCACUGGAGAGGGAGAAUGAACGUCUCCAGGCCAUGGUGAACUCCCUGAGGUCCCAGGUCAACCAGGAGAAGCAGCGGAAGGAGAGGGUUGAGCGAGAGUACACCUCCGUUAUCCAGGAGUACUCGGACCUCGAGCAGCGGGUGUGCGAGAUGGAGAACUGCAAACUGCGCAUCAAGGAGCUGGAAGCAGAGCUCCUGGAGCUGCAGCAGAUGAAACAAGUCAAGAAGUAUUUGCUCAGCAGAGAAGACAACUUGUCCGAGGCCCUCCUUGAGCCACUGAAUAACGCCCCAGAAGCAGACUACAUCGACCUCUCCGAGGAGGAGGGAGGAAAAAGCCACGGGCCAUCGAUGACGCCUUCCCCAAACCACCCUGUCCGGAAAAGCUGCAGUGACACGGCCCUCAAUGCCAUCGUCACCAAGGAUGCCGUGAGUCGGCACGAGGGCAAUUACACGCUGCACGCUAACAACGUGCGCAAACGGGGCAUGUCCAUCCUGCGGGAGGUGGACGAGCAGUACCACGCCUUGCUGGAGAAGUACGAGGAGCUCCUGAGCAAAUGCCGGCAGCACAAAGACAGCGUGUGCCACACAGGGGUCCAGACGUCCCGGCCCAUCUCUCGCGACAGCUCCUUCAGAGACUUCCGAGGGGAGGGACACGAGCUGGAAGAGCGGAAAACCGUGGAGAAGACCAUCACCAAACACGUGGAGGCUGUGGACAAGCGGCUGGAGCAGAGCCAGCCCGAGUACAAGGCUCUUUUUAAGGAGAUCUUCUCCCGCAUCCAGAAAACAAAAGCAGACAUCAAUGCCACAAAGGUGAAAAACAAGAGCAGCAAAUGAGUCCGGCGUCUCCACAGCCCCCACGUGCAAUUGCAGCAGCCGAGUCUUCUCUUCCGCCCCAGGAAACACCUCGUGGCCCCUCUGCUUUGAAGGCUUGAGAGGUCUACAAGCAAGGAAGUGUCACGGAGACUCAGGUCCUUUCUCAAAGCUUGGGCUCCGGCCGCCUUGCUGGGACAAUUGUACAUUGUAGUUAGAGGAUUUCACACGCCGUAUGACGGAUCUCUGCAUGAGCUGCUGCCGCUGCCAGCACCACAACAGCAACGAAAACCACACCACGAAAAAGGAAAAGCGAUCACCUCCUCCACCCUUUUCUGCCUGUCGCACAGCCGAUUGUCUGCAAGCAAAAGCCUGGGGCUCCUCCGGCAUCCUGGAGCUCAGCCGGAGCCCGGCGCUUCCAGGCAAAGCACAGCCAGCAGUGCUUCAGGGGCUGCUCUGGCACACCAGCCCAGCCCUCCCGUUCGGUUUUAUGGCUAAGAACCUACUCUUGUUCCAAGAGACUUCCGUCCACACCCCCCCUUCCCCAAAGGGCAGUUCUUGCUAUCGAAGCCAUUCUCUUAUCAGUCAGGUUUUUCAGCUCUAUACAAUGCAAACUCAUUGCAACUGGAAAAACUUGAAGAGAAACAUAAAACUGAUUGUUCCAUCUUCAUCAGCGUCACUUAGUGCUUCAGCCCAUCCUCUCCAGACUUUGUAGGCACGUGGAAUGUCCUCGCUUUAAUUCUGCCCCAGUAUUCCAGCCCGGGGAAGCAUCAUGCCAGGUGGGACCCCGACACCCAGGGCUUUCCCGGGAGUUAGACCAGCGCUAUGGCAGUAUCGGAGACCUGCGUCCACCUCACGGCCCGGGCGCCAGCCUGCCAUGCUGUGCUCUUCACGAGGUUCUCAUCACCCCAUUGUAGCAAACUGUCCAAAUCCAGCCUGCCUGGGCUCACAGAACUGACCGCCAGCAGCUCACACGCAGGCAGGAGUCGGCAUCCGACGGCGCCAGGAACACCAGCCCUGGCAGCACCACUGGGCACACAGCACCCCACGCUCCGGCUCCGGACAUCUCCCCAUCGAGAGGACAGAUUUCAUUCCUCUGCUGAAAAAUCACGUCUCUUGACUGUCUCCAAAGGCUCUCACCGCUCACGUUCCAGCUCACUUUCCAGCACUGAAGUCCCCUCACUUUUGCUUCCCCAGCCAAAAGGCCACCGCAGUCUCAGGAAUCGCCAGAUCCCAUUGUCCAAGAACCAGAUGUUGGCCCUGCACGGUCAGACACGCGCUUGAGGCAGAGAAGCAGCAUUUCAUCGCAGCUUAGGCAACCCCUGAGCCCCAAAACCUGAGCGGUUCAGCGUGAGCUUCCUGUUCCGUACCUGCCUGGAGGAACUUCGAGCCACAUUUGGAUUCUGUUUUUACCAGCUUACACCCCAAAAUCUUGGGUAAACGGUUGGGAUUUUUGCAACAUUAAGAUAAAUAAAUGAGAAUGUGGCUUUGGAGGUGGGAGACUGUUAAAAUGGAAUUCUCCUCCAAGGCCAGGGCUGUUACCAGGAGCUCCCUUUCUUUCACUCACCAUGGAAUGAAUGCAAAAAUACCCCUAAAAAUGCCCUUUUCUGUUAAACUGAGCACCGCGGAGGUAAGUUGGCAGGAGCGCGAUUCCCAAACCAUACCCGCUCCGGAGGGCACCUCCUCAAAGCCCCCACUGCUCCGCUCUUCCAGGCUCUGUGUUUCAGGUGUCCUGUGGCCCCGAACUCGGGAAGCGCUCGGGGCCGUACGCACGGCUGUGGCUACCAGCUCUGCACCACUAUGGAGAACCUUCAUGCCUUAUUUAU